CACAGACACCUAGAGGUCGCUCUUGUCACGACCGAUCAAUAGCCCAAAGCCCCGACAAACACGGUCUUUUCGGCUCUCUCGGUGCAUGCCCGACUGCCUGAACAUAUUUCCAUGUCAGACCUCUGUGCGCGGACAGCCCAUCCGGAGGCCUUUUCAGGAAGCUCUCGCCGUCCAAAACACAUCUCCCUCGACUCGUAUCAUUUCAGCACAAAGGACAGCACAAUUCGCCGUCCAGAACACAUGUCCCUCGACUCGUCUCAUUCCAGCACCAAGGACAGCACGAUGGCCCCAGUCACACUCAAGGCAAUCACAUUCCCCGGCUACGAGGCCAUCACUGAUCGUUAUGCCAUUGCCGCCGCGAUCGUUGUGCCGGCGAAUUACCUCACUCUGGUCACAUCAGGCCACGUUGGGCUUGACGCUGAAGGAAAUCUGGCUGAUACUAUAGAGCAACAGAUAAGACUGACUUUUGAGAACGUGGAAAAAUCGAUUCUGGCGGCGGCACCGUUUUUGACAAAGACGCAGGCUUGGUCGUCAGUUUAUCAAAUUACGAGCUAUAUUAAGGGCGAUCUUGACGACGCCGCGGUAAAUUCCAUGUUCAAGGUAGCAAGCGAGACCCUCGGAGAACACAAGCCUGCCUGGACAUGCGUUGGUGUGGAGGACCUCGUUCUUGGGAGAUAUGAAAUGGCAAUUUUUGCGGCGAUACCGCCGGCUUGA